AUGACAAUUGCCAUCGAAUCAAAGAACAAGAAAGUGGACAAAAAGGAGGACAAGAAGGAUUCAAGGAAAUUUGAAGUUGGGAGUAGCAGUAGUAAAAAUAGGGAGCAAAGUUCUGGAAAGAAGCAGACAAACUGUGAGCAUUGCAACAAGUCAGGUCAUAGUAAAGAAACAUGUUACGUUAUUCAUCCUGAGCUUAGGGAGAAAGAAAAGAGAAAAGAAGUAACCAAAAAGAUCUUAAAAGAGCAUUGA